GAACGCAUCUUCUCAUCACGUAUCGAUAUUCAACUCAGCUUCCGCGAAAUUAUCGAAGGCUAUCGACCGAGAUCGGUAUAUGCACUUGGGAUCGGGUUCAUGGCAUAUUUCCUCCAUGAUCACAUUUCGCUUCCAGGGAAAGAGAUAAGAGGCGUUUACGGGUUCAUUACCGCAGGUAUCGAAGACGCCUUCCAAUUAUUCGAUAAAACUACCGAAAAAUUUAAGCAAUACAGCGGUGCUACACACAUAUCACGUAUGUUUUCAUAUUAACUGAGCUUACUCCUAGAGUGGAACGAUUGGGGAUGUUUUCUAUAAGAUUCAACCCAGUACCUUGAAUAUGUAGUAUUAAAGAAUAAAUCGGCAUAUUGUCGAUUCGAUCGUUAAUUUUAAUUUGUGGCAUAGAUCCAACACUUGGUCCAAGUUGGGAACAUGGGUGAGUCCAGUGACGAUAUUAUAUAACAGUUCUUGUGGUUGUAGGACAAAAUCCAUACUAAUUUCAUUUGAAAAUCCUAUAAACUGCAUUACAUGGAUUUCUUUCCUAAAAAUUGGUAUAUAGUGAUGGCAGGAACGGAGCAUGUAUCCGGUCAAGUCGUGGAAGAAAAUUCAUCUUCCCGACUAGAAUGGCUGCAGCAACGUCGGGAAAUGCUUCAGGAGAAACUACUCCAAAAGAAUAAUGAACUGAAAAAUCUUUGCAUCGAAGAGGCGGAAAUAACAGGAAUUUUGCCACCAGAGAUACCUCUGGAACCUGGAGAAAGUCCACCUACUUUCAGAAGAAAAGUAGGCACAUCCUUUUCGUAUCCUCAAAAUCUAAUCAACAAGCUUAAGAGUAGCGAAGUCGAGGAAUCAACAUUGGAGUUGGAACGCCAAGUACAAGUUGGUAUAGCCGAAGCAGCCUUAGGCAUUAUCAAUGACUCCGCAGAAAGUAAAGCGGUGCGGCGUAAGCACAGAUUGGUAUAUCAGCAGAGUCAGCGAAGACUUCAGGAGCUGGAUGCGCGGCUGAAUUUCAUUAGACAGAGUCACGGUAAAGCGCAUCGACAGUCUCAGUUGUCGAAUGUAUCGUACUGCCCUCAGCCACAUCUGCAGACUACCAUGAAACACAGAACGAAGAAACCUCGACCACCGUUAGACAGAUCAGUUUUAGGAAGCGAAGAAAAUGCAAGGACAACCGGUAGGGGAAUCCUCGUGGAAGGUGGCGUAAGCUUGAGUCCUCUCUCGGGUGAACAAAACUACAACACGUAUCCAGGAUACAUGAUGCACGACCCUGACCAAAGCCACGCUUGUCCAGUAUUAAGUCCCGUUAAUCAAAACCACAGUGCUUACCCAGUGUCAAGUCCGAUGGACCACCGCCAGAGUCAGAAACUUCUGGGGCAUGACUUAAAUGACAACCAUAACGUCUACAUUCUCCCAGAGAAUUGUCGCUCCCGUACUUACUCCCACGGCAGUGGGAGCAAUCGGCCUCCUCACCCAGAUAAUCAUUACCUAGACACCGACAGGAACUACCGGGCCGCAUUAAAUGCAUGUACCGAGCAAGAACGAGUAUCCUCUCAUUACCGACACUCUCAUCGCCAGCAAUUGCUGGAACCACCUCGCAACAGUCACCAGCAAUGCCAAGAGUACAAACAUAUGGACCCGGAGGUACAGCGUCGACCGGUACACCAUCAACAGCAUCCGCACUACGAAGCAGAAUACCGGGACCCUCGUUAUACGCAUCCACCAGGAUACCAAGUGCCCAUGAACGCGCGAUCCUCGCAUCGACAGCCAUCGUUGCAGCGAGAUCGGGAAGCUGCAGCCAUCAGAUCCUGCAGAAAUGCCGUCAAUACAACGGACGAGUCUCUACUACCGCCAGGGUACUGGAUGCGCUGCGGGGAAGAGAUCGUCUGGUGUCCGGAAGAUCCGGCAGUUAUCGACAGGUUCGGCAGUCUGGACCGGAGGAAGCAAAGUGGGAGCGGAUCGCUGCUGCAGCAGCAGCGUCAGAAACCAAGACAACACCAUAGCACCGUCAGCACCGGGUUCGUGGAUGCCCAGACUCACCAUAACGUGAACGCGAAGAGCCCUCCGGCUCAUCCUCGCCAGCAUCCAUUCGUUAGCCCGAAUCAAAUGGGCCAAGGAGAGCAAGUAGCGACACCGGGAAAGACCUUGCUGCGUACUCAGUCUCUAGGGAACGUCGAGACCUGGAACAUGCAUUCAGGAUACGCAUACGAAUCGAUCGGUGGCAAGGAUACGAUCGACAAUGCGAAUCGCAAGGGAAAAGAGCGACAAGGCGAGAAGGAGAGGGGUUGGUUCGAGACGUCCCUUGAUUCUUCGAGCAUCGGGUCCAAUACCAUGUCCUCGUCUCCGUCGAUGUCGGCACACGAUGCCGGGUCUCUCGUCAGUCCGGAGUCAUAUUCCUCCAGGUCGAACCUGAGCUCCGGUCCCUGCUCCAUGCCGCGACAUCCGCACAGGAUGGGCAGCGCAUCUCCGGACUUCCCUCUCGGUGGAGUCCCCAAUGUCAGGGAACCGGAUCGAGGACAGUCCGUCAAUAGACAGUCCAGCAGAGGUAGAAGUCAUCCCAGAGCUCCUCGAGUCCUGGAGAUCCCGGCAGAGUCGAAACCCGUCGAUAUCGGGGACUCGCCUCACGACAUCUCGAAGAACUGCACGAUCGUCCAGCCCGGAAAAUACCAACCCUACCGCGAAGUGACCAAGCCCUUCGAAAUGUCGGACUUCUACAAGUAUUCAACCAAGUAUCGCAAAAAGAAUUCGGAGAACGCACAGGGACAGAACUCGGCUACGCCGCAUGGAAAGCCCGCGACGACCUCGACCUCCUCGUCGCCGCAGACUCCGCCUCCGUUGACGGUUUCUGCGACGAUCAAGGCUACGCAGGGGGAUGCUAGAGUCGAAACGAUGGUGGAGAUCAGUCGCGAGAUUCUCGGCUUGGGGCUGAUGGACGGUUCCGAAGAAAAUAGAACCAAUGUCCUCGCUAGCCCCGUACAAAAGAGAAUCUAUCAGCCGGUUCAACGUAUGACUUGUCAACCGUACGGAGCCCUGAGGUAAUUCGCGAACGAAUUGUAUCUAUAAACGAGUCCCUGCAUAGCGAGACGUAAGUAACAAGUAGAACCCGAGUGCUGGUUAGCUUCUGGUUGUAGAAAAAAAUUUGGAUCAAGGAACCAGGGUGUGCGUACCAAUUGACUGGUGCUAAGUACUAUAAUAUAAAUGGGCAACGAAAUGCAAAUGGCUGUAUGGUGUCCGAAUACAACACUUUAUGGAUGGUAUUCGUGAUAAGAUAACGAAGAUAUUCAUGGCGAAGUACACAAGGUGACUGCCACAGCAGGUUGCAACUAAUCACUGAAACCAGUGCUGACUAAUCUUGCUUGGAAGAGAUUCCACUGGCUAGUUAAGGGAAUUGUUAGCUUUGAAGAACGUAACCGAAAGCAGAGAAGUGCUUUCGAAGGUUCUUGCAUAAUGGAUUAUGAAUAAUUCUCGCUCGUCCGUCUCAGAAAUUUUGUAAGAUCUGGACAGACCGGCUCGCGAGCUACCACGAGUUGUCCUUUGAACUCGAACAACCGAGUGGCCUAGAUAAUUUAUUAUCGGCAAUACCAGUGGGGAAGAUAACACGCCAGGAGACCUCGGUCAAACGAUACAGAAGUUUUACGACGCUCGAGUUAUUUAAAGCUCGCUGGGAACAAGAUCGAUCGUCAAAUAAGAACACGUGGACUUCCCCGUGGACUCGCUUAAUGCGUCAAAAUAUAAUAGGACCGGCUUCGUCAUUUUCUAGCAAUAGUACCCGCAAAGGGUCGACCCUAAGAUAUUCCAGAAACCGUUUUGCCUUUAGUUUAAUCGAGCUUUCCUAAACCAAGGCUGAAAACUUUGGGUACUAGUUAAGAUCGUAAUUUAUAUCGGUAUAUUUUUCACCGGGCAUAAAGAAAUUGACUAAGACCGUUUACACACGUACGGUGUGGGGGCAAACAGCCUAACGGUGAAUCGUGGAAUACAUAAGUCGAAGCGGAUCGAUCCCCGAGAGAUGAAUUUUUUCUUCGUCAAAAUUAUACGAAAGAUCCGAGGCUCCAAGAAUUUUGAUCAAAUGGAUUUCGAAUCGCGUUAACUCAAGAUCGCCGCCCUACGUCCUCGCGUGAUCUCCGUCGAUGAACAACGAUAUUAGUUUUAGGUCUUUCUUGCUUCCGCCUAAUUCGAUACCCGAAGACUGUCCAAGUGCCAGAAGAGAUUUCACUGCCGCUCGAGUGCCAGUUUUAAGGAGACUCGCCGAUCAUAUUUUACAAACCUAAGUCUUCUGCAUACGCGUGUACGUAUGCAACCAAGUAAACCGAAUCGCGCAAACUAGUUACCACGCGUAGGGUUUUUGACUACAUUUUGUAUUCAUGUUUAGUACAUAAGGCUCGCUUAUGUACAAAUCCCGUGUCAGGAUGAAAGUGUACAUCUCGGUGCUGUCGGGAGAAUUCGGAGACAGCUUUCCCUCCCGAGUUUAUGGCCGAAAUAAAUUUGGGACCUCGUCGCCAAUGCGUACGGGUUAAAGCUGCAA